UUUCCCAUAAUGUAAUAGUGGUGGUGAAAGCCCACACGGUUUCCCAUCAGAGCACUGCCCUCUCUGCUCUGUCACAUGGUGCACUUAUACUGUUGGUUUCCAUCCAGGACUACAGAGGACGGGACAAACAAACCAUCAGGACGCAAAAAGGAAGAUAUAACACCGAGAUUCACCUUUUGUUUUUACAGAAAAGACAAACAGACAACCUUGCAUUGAGCUUUCUUUUCUUUGCCCUCUCUGUGGAUGCUUAUUGUCCAGGUUAUUGUGUUGUUUUGUUGCGCUAUGAAGUGAAACUCCGCCAUAUUCAGCCCACCACGCCCGCAGCGCAGUGAAAACACUCUCUCGGGCUUCUUUAAGUUGUUGCACAAACUUCAUUUCCUCUUCACACAAGGAGAGGAACAAGGAGGAAUGACUCUGAGCUCGGUGGGAGCUUGCUGCCUCAGCCCGGAGGCCAAAGAGGCUCGAAGGAUCAACGAUGAGAUUGAGAGGCAGCUCCGCCGGGACAAGAAGGACUCCAGACGGGAAUUCAAGCUCCUUCUGCUCGGAACUGGUGAAAGUGGGAAGAGCACUUUCAUCAAGCAGAUGCGGAUCAUCCAUGGCCGUGGAUACUCUGAGGAGGACAAGAGAGGCUUCACCAGACUGGUCUACCAGAACAUCUUCACCGCCGUGCAGGCCAUGAUCCAGGCCAUGAACACAUUACAGAUCCCCUACAAGUAUGAGCACAACAAGGCCAACGCCAGUAUUGUCCGUGGGGUCGAUGUGGAGAGGGUCACGACAUUAACGAACCCUUACGUGGACGCCAUCAAAUGCCUGUGGAGUGACCCGGGGAUUCAGGAGUGUUACCAUCGUAAGAGGGAAUACCAGCUCUCAGACUCGGCCAAAUACUAUCUGAAUGACUUGGACCGAAUUGCUGAAGCUACUUAUCUGCCAACCCAGCAGGAUGUCCUGAGGGUCAGGGUGCCCACAACAGGUAUUAUAGAGUACCCCUUUGACCUGGAGGAUGUGGUCUUCAGGAUGGUGGAUGUGGGUGGCCAGCGGUCGGAGAGGAGGAAAUGGAUUCACUGUUUCGAGGAAGUCACCUCCAUCAUGUUCCUGGUGGCGCUCAGCGAGUACGAUCAGGUCCUUGUUGAGUCCGUCAAUGAGAACCGCAUGGAGGAAAGCAUGGCCUUGUUUCGCACAAUCAUAAACUACAAGUGGUUCGAGUCGUCCUCGGUCAUGUUGUUCCUCAACAAGAUAGACUUACUGGAGGAGAAAAUCAUGCACUCGCACUUGGUCGACUACUUCCCUGAAUAUGAUGGUCCCCAGCGGGACGUCAAAGCAGGAAAAGACUUCAUCUUGGAUAUGUUUGUCAGUCUCAACCCAAACGAGAAAAAAAUCAUCUACUCCCACUUCACCUGUGCCACAGACACAGACAACAUUCGGUUUGUGUUCAGAGCGGUGAAGGACCACAUCUUGCAAAUCAACCUGGAAGUCUACAACUUGGUUUAAAGUGGUAGUGUUGCUGCUGUAAUUCAAUCGGCUUUGUACAGCUGGCAGUCCGGAGAGCUCUGCAGUGAUUCAGUUUUGCCUCACACUGCUGCUGAACACUAUAAUCCACAACAGGAAAUUGAGAAGCUACAGAGCUUGUCGCCAAAUGACUGUACUACUGAUGUAUUUCAAAUUUCCCCGUUAGGCUCUUUGAAAGUGGAUGUCUCCAGCUAUAAUGAAGUGUGUCCUGACAAUUAAAGUGCUGCCUUAGUGAGCAGUCUAUUAUAGCAUGCACUCUGAAAUUUAUGGAGCUCUUUUGCGAAACGUUUUUUCGAGCAGUAACUGUAUAAAUGCACAUGGAUGAAUUGAGAGGGAAAAAAGUUCUUCAGUGGCCUCAAAAGCCUCCGAGGACUUGUAACGUACCAGGUCUCUCCUUCAGGGAAUCUGUGGAAGUGAGUGUAGACUAACUGCAAUGCAGCACCUCACAUCACUAACCCAAGUUGGUCAUAAUUUAUUAUUUUUUUUUAACUGUUUUAAAUACUCUAAACGCUUAGUCUUUGUCUUGACUUAAUGGGAAACAAGUGAUAAUUAACACUAAUGACACAUUUACUCGCUAUUUGUGCUGAUAUUCUGUUUGUGUGUAACUCACUUAGUCGGGUGUUAUCAUUUCCACAACCUCAUUUCAAGUUUCAUAAGACUUUGUGCACUGGUACGUAUUUGUCUGUGAUGGCAUUAUUCCGUCUUAAACCACUUUUUUUGAGCACAGCAUUCAUAUAUUUUAUGUAACACAUUAUUUUGUCAAAGCUGUAGAAUGAAGUGUUCAUGCAGUUCAGGGACUAUUUGAUUUAUGUAGUUUUCUCGCCUAAAAAUCAUUUGCUAAAAUGUCUAUAGAGCUUGAUUCAUAUUGUAAAUAUCACGGUACAUUACUGGUACACAUUUUCCACCUUUGCUCGCGUCAAGGUCAGUGUUGAAAGGCUAACUGCUGAAGAGAGAACGGUUAUGUUAAAUAAUCUCCGAGGUAUUAAACUAGUGCAUUCUUGAUCUUUUUUUUUCACACGCUGUUCAAGGGUAUCAAAUGCAUGAAUAAAUAGCUAAUGAGAGCAUAACCACGGCACUAAUGUUUACACAACCCUUUUCAUCUCGUUAGAAAUAAUUACAGCCUAAUCCGAGCGCUUUAAUUUAUGGUUAGAUUUCACUGUCACUGCGAUCUCUUAAUGCAGUCUUAGUGUUUUUAAUGUGAUUGGAUAAAUAAACAGACAUUUGCUGCUCA